AUUCACGUUAUCACAAAAGUAAACGAUGUGCAUAAUAAUAUAAUAAAAUAUCUAUGUUAUUUAAUAAGCAAAUAAGCUGUAAUAAAACACCCAUUUGAUAAAACCAAAAGUUGAUUAAUUAAGGUAUACUUCAUCAUUUCAAAGUGUUAAGACAACAGCGUGUCGGCAAUUUGUAAUAAUUAAAAUGAAUAAUUCAAACGAAUAUUUGGAAAAUACUUUUACAAAUGAACUAUACAAUAAGAUUUACAUAGGAAUGUUAAAAAKCCAUACGGGAGAGACAGAUUCAAUAGAUAACAUUAUAGAACGAUUAGAAUCACCUCAAAAAGAACAGUUUAUUUCACUGUUUAUUGAUUUGAAAACCAAAAAUGAUCCUUUAGACAUGGAUUUUGUACUUCGGCUCUGUCACAAAUUAUUAGAACAACAAAAUAAAUCGAAUGUAUCAUUCUUGCCAACUGAACAAAUAAUUGGUCGGAAUGAACUUAGUCAUCAACAUUUUAGACGAAAACAAUUUAAGGAUGACAAAUCCGAUCAAAAUGAAACCAAAUCGUCAUACGAUUUGUUUGAAAAAAAAGAUAAUGAUCGUUUUUCUUUACUUUCAAACAGGAUGAAUUUGAUGACAGACGCAAGUAAACAAUUUGGACGAAAACUGCUUCUAAAUCUGACACAAUAUGGCCAAGGCAUGAAUUUGGUCAAAUCGGAUAAUGACACCACGUGCAUAACAAUUCCAAAUUUAGAAUUUGUGGUAAAACAUGUGAAUGAGCUUAGCCGUCUUCAUAAAAUUAUCAAAGACUACGUUAACGCCGACAACGAACACAGCGGUCUUGUAGCUAAAGCUUUAAGAUUUAGUUUACAAGAGAAAAUUAAUUCAUAUUACAUUUAUGUAAACAAGUGGUUACGUGCCAACCUUGACGUAUUAGAAUAUUCUAAAGAUUGCUUACGCGCGUGUAUCCCUUUAGACCACGAUGUUWUGAUAAAGUUCCAGUGUCUAGCGAAAGUUGUAAAGAAUGCCAAAGGCAAGAGUGGCUGCAAUUUAAUAUCUUCGGUAACUCGCAUCUCCAGUAUCCACGAAAUCGAUCGUACAAUUUUAAAUGAGAUCACCAAACCCAUACAGGCAAUGAUUCUCCGUUGGAUGAAGCACGGCGAAAUAGAAGACGAACAUGGUGAUUUUUUUAUAGUAAAAAACUCGUCUGAAAGUUAUUGGAAUAAAAUCCACGCAUUGAGUUCAACUAACACAUUAGAUUUCCUGGACGAUUGUCAGUUAAACGAAAUUUAUCAAACAGGAAAAAACAUGAAUUUACUGUUAAAAUUGCUUAGUCCAAAGAUGAAUGCGAAAAUUGAAAAACUUAGAGAAAAUACCAAAAUACUAGCUACCAAUGGAGAUGGACUCGUUAUUAUGUUGACUGAUAAAUUUAAUAAAACAUCAACAAUAAUAUCUGACUCGUGUAAUCAAUCGUCUGCGUUAUUGAAGGAAGUGUUAAUAGACGAUUACAAUUUGUUUCAACACUUCGAAGGAUUCCGAAAUUAUAUGUUGCUUGGUCGUGGAGACUUUUACUCUUAUAUUAUACACAAGUUGGAACCGCAUUUUGGAAAUAAUGAGAUAUAUUUCAAUUAUCAAUUAAAAGAUAUCAUCAAAAAUGCAUAUGCUUUGACAUCCGCUAGUAAUGACAGCAAGGAGCUGUUCAACAACCUGAAAUACCGAAUCGAUACGGCCGAAAAAAUGAACUGGAACAGUAUCAAGUUCGAGUACAAGACUGAUGAACCUUUAAAUCAAAUAUUCGGCCCCUGCUAUAACCAUUAUGCAAACGUUUUUAAAUUCCUAUGGCGACUGAAAAAUGUAAAUUGGACUACACACAAAAUGUGGCAUGAACUUUCCUAUGUCGUAAAAAAAUCAUACAACAUGAUUCAACUGAAACCGGUCUUGAGAAACAUAAACGCAUUACUGUCAAACAUGUUGAGCUGCAUAAACGAAAUUCAAAACUUCGUGUUUGAGACGAUCGACGAUGAAUGGGAACAGUUCAAAAGUGAAAUCCACAGAGCUACUUGCAUCGAAACGGUAACGGAUGCUCAUAUGUCGUUUUUGGAAUCAAUUACGAAAUUUGUGGAUGACGGAUCUGUGUCAUUGGACGCGUAUGUUGAAUCGUUGAAAAUACACGUAAAAAGCUUUUCUAAUGWUUUCCGUUGUUUCGUUGAUACGAUGGAAUCGUCGUCGUUCAAAGAACCGAAAACCCGGAAAUACAGCAAAUGUUGUGAAGAAAAUAACACGAUAAAUGCGUUUAUGGACGAUUUCGGAGUUAUAAAAAAACAAUACGAGACAGAACUCGGUGACUUUUUGAUAAAACUUAACGAUACCAUGACACGAAGUCUAGGAACAUUAUCCUUGAGGAUCGACUUUAACGGCUAUUACUCAUCUAUAACGCGAAUUGCAUGCAUUGGGCCCGACCGAGCGUAAUYAUCACGGAUGAUCGAUCACGAGCAGUAUAAGUUGACGCCAAUACACAAUAUCGAUGUUAAGCUUAUUUUUCUUAAAAUAUACCUUUAAUUUUUGCGAUUAA